AUGUCGUGCCCAGACUGUUUCCGUGGCCAGAUCCACGAGGGCGAAACCAAAGGCAAGGUCAUCAAGCACUACGGAUUCGACACGUACGUGAGCGAGCCGCCGAGUGGCACGACACCCAAGGGCAUCAUCGUCGUAAUCCCCGACGCAUUCGGCUGGGCGUUUCCAAAUAACCGGAUCCUGGCGGAUACCUAUGCCGAAAAGGGCGGCUUCAAGGUCUACUUGCCCGACUUUAUGAACGGCCACGCCGCGCCUGUAUCCAUGCUGUUCAGCAUGCAGACCGCACUAGCCCCCGGCAAUCUCUUCUCCCGCUUCAUCGCCGCCGUCCAAACCAUCCUGGCCGCUGUGCCCUUCUUCAUCCGCUGCGCCCCGGGGAGGACGUACCCUGGCGUAAAAGGCUUCUUCGAGCAGCUGCGCAAGGAAGAGGGCCAGGCGCUGCCCAUCGGCGCGGCCGGCUUCUGCUGGGGCGGCAAACACACAGUCACGCUUGCCCACGGCGCCGAAAUCAACGGCCAGCCUCUCAUCGACGCCGGCUUCACCGGCCACCCGAGCCUGCUCAGUCUCCCCUCUGACGUGGAAAAGAUCAAGCGCCCAGUGUCGUUUGCAUGCGCCGAGGAUGACAACCAGAUCUCGCUCAAGCAAGCCGAGCAGAUCAAGGCAAUCGUGACGGCCUUCCCAGAGCCGUACAAGGGCGAACUCCGUGUGUAUCAAAAGACGGGCCAUGGAUUCGCGGUGCGUGCUGACCUCAAGGUCCCUGAUGUCGCAGCGCAAGCAGCUGCCGCCGAAGAUCAGGCCAUUGCCUGGUUCACGUCUCACUUCUCGACGGCUACAUGA